GUCGGGAGAGCCAAGCCUUUCCUCCGCCAUCCCGACGACACCCUUCCAAUGCUGUGAGCACCAUCAUCGCCUCGAACUGCAUCAACACCGAUCAUGCCUCCGCGCAGCAUAGGCGUCCCUCGAGGGACAUUCACAUGCCAUGCCAAACACAUACGCGCCCAACGGCGCCCUGCUAGCACAGCAGUCUCCCACCUCCCCACUGCAGCAGCCAUCCCCGAAGCACCACUUUGGAGAGCACGAUCAGAACCCGUAACGCGACUCGGACAAUCCAUCACUGGCGCGAUGGAAUGGCAGACUUCCACAUAUACCUUCAACAAACAAGCUGUAAAGCCCAUCCCGGUGGUCAGCGCGAACGUGGAGAAACUCAUUCAGAAUUAUGUCACAUUGAAGCGGGUCAACAACGUCGGCAAAGAUGUGCGAGCGAUUCGAACGGCCCUUGCGCAACGGAGAAAAAGCGCAGAGAAGGUUUAUGUCUCGAAGCCAAAGAUGAAGGAUUAUGGUGACAGGGUAGAAGUCAAGUGCUUCAUUUGGGACGGGAGAGAAGCUCUACGCGAAGAGGCCGAUAAACAAAAGCGCUUUGGGAGGAACCAAAGCGACGAUUCCAGCAGUGGGAAGAAACAAUCGAAUGACAGCGAUCCCAUUCUUGACCCUACACAAACAGUUGGGCUGCAAAGUCUACUUGCGAGAAUGUACGGCAAGCAGGUCGAUCUGCAAUUGAUCAAGAUCAAACGUCCGCACCUUGACGCUGAUAUCCUGGCUGCAUAUGUCGCGCAAAGACUACGAGACCGACGCUUCACACCCCGAAGAGUCAUCCGUGACGCGACAUGGAGAGCACCUCUCCCUUCAGCGCAAGCAGUCGCAAAUAUCAAGAACGCAAAACUGCGGAACCAGCCUCAGAAAUUCUCAUGGCAGGAUCUGACCAUUGGAAAUGCAGCACGGGCUAGUGCGACAGGGAUCGUGGAGAGUUUGGCUCUAAGCCAAGUCAGCAGUAUUCAAGUAGAAGCCGCCGGUCGUUUGACGAAGCGGUUGACAGCCAACAGAUCUGCAAAGAAGAUGGCAAGAAGAGGUACAGCGAGUAAGGGACCAGCAUAUAUGCUUCGUGGCUUCAGGAAAGCGCAUACACAGUACGCAUUUGCGGGUGGUAAGAGACGUGUGGGACAGUUUGGUAUCAAGGUUAGCGUGGGACAUGUGUGAGCGCCUUGCGCUUUUCUCUUGUAUUUUGUAGAUUCUGUACAGAUACAACGAAGGGAGUGAACACGA